AUGGAUUUAGUUUGCAGAAGAAGGAAAACAGGAAAACGAGAAAAAAGGAUUUUCCCUGCUCAGAGCACGGUAUCUGAUGUUUUGCGAUUGAUGGAUGGUCGCUUCUCUAUACCCAUUGACAUGUACGUCUCUUUGAUAGAAGAGUGUACUGUUUCUGGGGACCCUCAUGCAGCCAUGGAACUAUAUGUCCAUAUAACACAAAGCGGCAUUGAUCCUCCGUUAAGCUUCCUCAAUCGGCUCCUUCUCUUGUUUGCGUCAUGUGGCUUAGUGGAGCGUGCACACCACCUGUUUGAUAAAAUGUCUGUGAGGGAUAUCAACUCGUGGGCUAUAUUACUUGUUGCUUAUUUUGAUAAUGCAAAUUACGAGGAAGCCAUAGGUUUGUUUCUCAACAUGCUUGACCAAGUGAGUAUUUUGGAGCUGCCCAAUUGGAUCUUGGUUUGUCUUCUGAAGGCAUGUUCGUACAGUAUCAAUCUCGAUCUGGGAAAACAAGUUCAUGGGUGCUUAGUCAAGUUGGACAUUAGUAACGAUGUACGUCUCACUUGCGCAUUGAUUAGAUUCUAUGGGAAGUUCAAUUGCCUAGAAGACGCAAAUAUCGCCUUUAACAAGGUAGCUAGACAUAACACCUUCACUUGGACAGCAAAAAUUGUAAAUGAUUGCAGAGAAAUGCAUUUCUACGAGGUUCUCAAUGACUUCAAGGAGAUGGGAAGGAGAGGAAUAAGGAAGAACAGUUUCACAGUUUCUAGUGUUCUUAAAGCAUGUGGAAGAAUGCCAAGCCAUGGGCACUGUGGUGAGCAAGUCCAUGCUAAUGCUAUUAAGCUUGGACUUGCGUUAGAUACUUAUGUGGAGUGUGGGCUGAUAGACAUGUAUGGAAGAUGUGGGUUAGUGAGAGAAGCAAAACUUGUGUUUGAGAUGAUUCAUAAUAGGGCAAACGAGGCUUGCUGGAAUGCUAUGCUUAUGGGGUACAUGCAAAAUGGGUUGUACAUUGAGGCUAUUAAGCUUUUGUAUCAGAUGAAGGCAGCUGGAUUGCAGCCUCAAGAGUCUCUGCUCAAGGAAUUAAGAAUUGCUUGUGGUGGCAGUAGAGAAGUGGAAUUCACGUAGAUAGUUU